AUGAAGCUUCUGAUCGUCUUGGUACUAGUAGCUGUUGCAGCUGCUCGACCCGAGGAGUUCUACAGCAGUCGUUAUGACGAUUUCGACGUAACCCAGCUGACUGAAAACCCGCGUCUUAUGAGCUCAUACAUACAAUGCUUUAUGGGAACUGGGAAGUGCACACCGGAAGGCAAUGAUAUCAGCAAAUGGAUCCCCGAAGCAGUGCAAAGCACUUGCGCCAAAUGUACCGAGAAACAGAAGGUCCUAGUCGCGAAAGUGAUCAAAGCUAUGAUGGAGAAACACGCCGAGGACUGGCAGAAACUGCGCGCCAAAUUCGACCCUGACAACAAACAAGAGGCUGCGCUGAAGGAAUUCAUCGAGAAACAUAACGCUUAG